AUGCGAUACGAGGAUUGGGAUGUCCUUCUUUUCGAGGAGGGCUCUAGUAUUCCCUCUCGGGAAUUUAAAGUGGCAUGUCAUGUCGUUCAACAUGCGGAGUCCAUGGGCUCUUCUCUUCCAACCCUCACAUGUUUUGUCCCUGGUCUCAACGCAGGAGUUCCCUUUCGUCUUUCUAUCCAUUCUUGGAAAGCAUUAAAGGAUUUAAACGGCGAUCAUAUCCUCAAUAUUAGCAAUUCGGUCCUUGAAGCCAGGCUCUUCAUCGAUGGAGCUCUUGUUGCAACUACCUCCGCUACCGGCAGCAUUCGCUUCCCGUUGAUCAUAGACAGACAAGGUCACGAGAGCCUCAAGUUCCCCAUAUUCCAACAGGAACUGCUCUAUCAACGUCACUGGAGCCCAGCCGACAACCUCGGCCGUAUCAAACUCCUCAUCAACCAAAGCUUUUCCAGUGCUUCGUCGAGCGUUUCGUUCAAGGGCAAGGCAGUCGUCUUUUCCUUUCAACAUGCACCACAGCACAUUUUAGAAAGCCUUCAGAUAGCCUGGCCCAACCCAGCCAUGUGGAAUCGUCAACGUCGACCUUCUGCACCAGCCUCUACCGAUAGUUCCCAUGUCAGCUCGCGUCCAAUUUUUGCCCGUCGUGGACAACCGGCCCCGGAACAUAUCACCGAUUCCGCCCUUGGAACAAUGCCAUUUUCCGGUAACCCUACCUUUGGAUGUCUAAAUAAUCCAGUGAACGGGCCAAUGUCACCAUGGAGUUAUGUUCUCGUCCCGCCAGGAAGAGAGGGAUCACCUUAUCUGCUGGCUUCCGAGGUGCAGCCUCGUAGGAACCAUGAACGAGCAUGGCCGACUUCUCCAGUUCUCACCGACGCCACGUUUAGAGUGGAUCAGACUCAGAAUGUAUCGCAACAGAUGUACCCCCAGCCGAACAGCGCUCCGAUGUCAUUUGUGCAACCUCAGCUACAUAGUCCUGCGAUUCAAGGGUCGACCGAAUUCGGCCGAGGAACUCCAAGAAAUCCUGCCAGGCUUAUCUUUGCGCCGAAACGUAACAGUCCACAGGAGUCUUUCAACUUGGAUGUUGUUGAGAGGGCGACAAAGAGAGCUCGAGCCAACACUCCAGAGUCUGCAAAGACACUUAACCAAGAAAAGGAAAAUAUCAGCCCUCACUUUGAUAGCCCUUACGAGUUCAUAAACGCGGAUAUUAUUUGA